UGUCGCUCGUGCAUUAUUAGAAACUUUGGUGAUACAAUUGAUGUCGGACGUAUUUUCAAUAUUACUUUUUAAACUCUCCAUCCUUCAACAUUUCAAAAGAAAAAAUUUAAAUUUGUAUUCUCAAAUAAUAUUUACAUUGCCAUCAAUCCCAGAAAACUAACUUGUGGGGUCUAGCUAUGGCUUUCUCCACCCAAAAAGAGUUCUUUCAUGUGCCAUUUAUGAAUGAGUCUAUCGACUUUGAAUGCACAGACGUAUGCGUGAAGUUAAAAAGUUAUCCAUCGACAAACGAUGAUCGAUCCUGGUCGGCUGAUGAAGAGAAGAAAUCACGAUUUGUCUCGGACUUAGUGUCCUGCAAUACACCCAUAUUUUGGCGCCGGGGCUCUGAAGGAGGAGAACCUUACGACAGACCUGGAGGCGGUCCAGGCGGCAGAGGCGCUGGUGGACCUGGAGGCAGAGGCGGACCUGACGAUGGCUAUUAUGACGGUAGGACGGGUAAGCCUGGUCAGGAUGGUGGUAGGGGUGGAGGGAGGGGAAAGCAAGGCGGUAGAGGCGGGGAUGGCCAAGAUAGAGGUGGGGGAAGGCCAGGUCGGGGUAGAGGUCAAGGCGCAGCUGAUGGCUACGGAGGUCGAGGACAGGAUCAAUACGGUCGCGGGGGACCUGAUCAGAGCAGAGGCCCUGGUGUAGAUGGGCGGUCAGGGAAAGGACGAGGGCAAGGACAGGGUCCGGGGGGCUAUGGGGGAACUGGGCAAGAUCAAGGUGGACGUGGACCUAGUCAAGGAGAGGGAUCCGGGGGUUAUGGAGGCUCCGGCCAGGAUCAACGUGGUCGGGCACCAGGACAAGGUCCAGGUGGAUAUGGAGGCCCUGGUCAGGAUUAUAGUGGACGCGGACCAGGUCAGGGACAAGGACCCGAGGGUUAUGGAGGCUCUGGCCAGGAUCAGGGUGGGCGAGGACCAGGUCAGGGACCAGCUUCUGGUUAUGGGGGCCCUGGUCAAGAUCAGGGAGGGCGAGGUCAAGGCCUGGGACCAGGUGGUUAUGGAGCUCCUGGCCAGGAUCAGGGUGGACGGGGACAAGGACAGGGAGCAGGAGGUCCUGGCCAGGAUCAGGGUGGUAGAGGCCAGGGACCAGGUGGUUAUGGAGGCCCUGGCCAGGAUCAGGGUGGACGGGGACCAGGACAGGGAGCAGGAGGUCCUGGCCAGGAUCAGGGUGGUCGAGGCCAGGGACCAGGUGGUUAUGGAGGCCCUGGCCAGGAUCAGGGUGGACGGGGACCAGGACAGGGAGCAGGAGGUCCUGGCCAGGAUCAAGGUGGUCGAGGCCAAGGACCAGGUGAUUAUGGAGGCCCUGGCCAGGAUCAGGGUGGACGGGGACCAGGUCAAGGACAGGGACCUGGUGGUUAUGGUGGUCCUGGCCAAGAUCAGGGUGGACGAGGACCAGGUCAGGGGCAGGGACCCGGUGGUUAUGGAGUUUCGGGUCAGGAUCAGGGUGGACGUGGGCCGGGUCAAGCCCAGGGACCAGGAGGAGGUCCUGGUCAGGGACAAGGCCCUGGCAGUCGUGGUAGUUAUGGCGGUCCAGGUCAGGAUCGGGAUGGGCGUGGACCAGGUCAAGGACAGGGACCUGGUGGUUAUGGGGGUCCCGGCCAAGAUCAGGGUGGACGAGGACCAGGUCAAGGACAGGGACCUGGGGUUAUGGUGGUCCUGGCCAAGAUCAGGGUGGACGAGGACCAGGUCAGGGGCAGGGACCCGGUGGUUAUGGAGUUUCGGGUCAGGAUCAGGGUGGACGUGGGCCGGGUCAAGCCCAGGGACCAGGAGGAGGUCCUGGUCAGGGACAAGGCCCUGGCAGUCGUGGUAGUUAUAGUGGUCCAGGCCAAGAUCGGGAUGGGCGUGGACCAGGUCAAGGACAGGGACCUGGUGGUCCUGGCCAAGAUCAGGGUGGACGAGGACCAGGUCAAGGACAGGGACCUGGUGGGUAUGGUGGUCCUGGCCAAGAUCAAGGUGGACGAGGACCAGGUCAAGGACAGGGACCUGGUGGUUAUAGUGGUCCUGGCCAAGAUCAGGGUGGACGAGGACCAGGUCAGGGGCAGGGACCCGGUGGUUAUGGAGUUUCGGGUCAGGAUCAGGGUGGACGUGGGCCGGGUCAAGCCCAGGGACCAGGAGGAGGUCCUGGUCAGGGACAAGGCCCUGGCAGUCGUGGUAGUUAUGGCGGUCCAGGUCAGGAUCGGGAUGGGCGUGGACCAGGUCAAGGACAGGGACCUGGUGGUUAUGGGGGUCCUGGCCAAGAUCAGGGUGGACGAGGACCAGGUCAAGGACAGGGACCAGGGGGUUAUGGUGGUCCUGGCCAAGAUCAGGGUGGACGAGGACCAGGUCAAGCACAGGGACCUGGUGGUUAUGGGAGUCCUGGCCAAGAUCAGGGUGGACGAGGACCAGGUCAAGGACAGGGACCUGGAGGUUAUGGUGGUCCUGGCCAAGAUCAGGGUGGACGAGGACCAGGUCAAGGACAGGGACCUGGAGGUUAUGGUGGUCCUGGCCAAGAUCAAGGUGGACGAGGACCAGGUCAAGGACAGGGACCUGGUGGUUAUGGUGGUUCUGGCCAAGAUCAAGGUGGACGAGGACCAGGUCAGGGUAGAGACGGUGGAGGACCCGGUCAGGGACAGGGGGCUGGGGGCUAUGGAGGACCGGGUCAGGAUCAGGGUGGGCGGGGACUGGGACAAGCCCAGGGACCAGGAGGCGGUCCUGGUCAGGGACAAGGCCCUGGCAGUCGUGGUAGUUAUGGCGGUCCGGGUCAGGAUCGGGAUGGGCGUAGACCAGGUCAAGGACAGGGACCUGGUGGUUAUGGUGGUCCUGGCCAAGAUCAAGGUGGACGAGGACCAGGUCAAGGUAGAGACGGUGGAGGACCCGGACAGGGGCCUGGGGGCUAUGGAGGACCGGGUCAGGAUCAGGGUGGGCGCGGACUGGGUCAAGCCCAGGGACCAGGUGGAGCCUGGACAGGGACAAGGACCUGGAAGUCGUGGUAGCUAUGGUGGGCCAGGCCAUGAUGGAGAUAAGCGAGGUCAAGGUCAGGGUCAGGGCCAAGGUGGCUAUGGAGGUCCCGGACAGGAUCAGGGUGUACGUGGACCAGGUCAGGGACUGGGACCUGGUGGUUAUGGAGGUCCUGGCCAAGAUCAAGGUGGACGAGGACCAGGUCAGGGUAGAGAUGGUGGGGGCCCCGGACAGGGACAAGGGCCAGGCGGCUAUGGAAGUCCAGGUCAGGAUCGCGGCGGGCGUGGUCCGGCUCAAGGAACAGACGUUGGAGGAUCGGGUCAGGGGCAAGGAACAGGGCCAUACGGUGGAGUAGACCAGGUUGGACGUGGGCCGGGACAAGGGCGAGAUGGAGUCGGACAAGGCCAGGGUCCAGGGGGCUUUAGAAGUCCCAGCCAAGAGCAGGGUGCAAGUCGACAAGGCGGUCCAGGACAAGAACAGGACCGACGUGGGUCACGUAUUGGAGCCGAUAAGGGACCAGGUCAGACAAAUCAGGGUGGCCGUGGGUCAGGUCAAGGACGAGACGGUGGACCAGGAGCAAGACCGGGCCAAGGUGGUCCCGGUCCAGUGCAGGGGCAACGUGGAUCUCGUGUUGCACAAGACGGACAAGCACCUGGUCGGGCACAGGGCCCCGGUGCUUAUGGAGCACAAGGUUACGACCAAGGCCGCGAUGGUGGAGCUCCAGGGCAUGGUCAUGGGCCAACUGGAUUUGCUGGAGGUCCAGGUCAAGGGCAAGAUCCGGGGGGUUAUGGAGCCGGCCAGGGAGGAGGACCUGGAGGAUAUGGUGGUGGCCCAGGAAAACAAGGUGGUGGUCCAGGAGGUUAUGGUGGUGGCCCAGGAAAACAAGGGGGUGGUCCUGGAGGUUAUGGUGGUGGCCCAGGUGGCCCUGGUGAUCCUCGAGGAAGUCUUGGCAUCUCUGAUGGAAAUCCGUUGGUCGGUGAUGCUUUAAUCAAUGCUGCUGACGAGACAAUUGACAAUAUGAAGAACGUAAUGGCUAAAAACAAUUUACUACCAAAAGAAAUUAUCGACGAACUGGAUAGAUCAACACCACCCAGGGUAGAAAAUGCCGAGAUAAAGCGAAUUAUGAAUCAACGUUACGAUCCGGACAAAAGUAGGGAACUUAGAGAUAAGAUCGUCGAACUUGAAGACUCUGGGAAGAUCAGCCCCAAUGAUGCAAACGGACUUUACAAUCUGCAAAGAUCUAUUGAUGAUAUGAACACAGCUCAUGAAAUUCUAGAAGUGGAAAAUGCAAAUCUGCGACGUCUCAUUGAGAAGCAGUCCCGGCGCGUAUCAAUGGAGACCAUUAAAGUCGAUCCUGAGAGAAGCAAUGACGUUAACUACUUGCAAAAUAAAAUCGAUGGCAUGAGUAAAGAACUUUUGGUGCUGCGACAAUUUGAAGAAGAUGUUAUGGCAUCUGGCGGGCCUGGUAGUCCUGGCGGCACUGGCAGGCAACAACCUCCUGAUUUAGACGUCGAAACUAUUCAACAAAUGUUAUCGGAGCGAGGCGGAUUACGCAACAAGAUUAACACGCUAGGUUAUCUUGAUAAGGUUGGUCCAUUGAAGAAGAAAAAGGGUGAUACCGAUUAUGCUGCCGGAGACCUAGCACGAAAUCUUGAAGAACAAAAUCGAUAUAUUCAUGAUAUGGAAUGCGACAUUGAAGAAAUGCAAAAGUAUUACGAAACCGAAGUGGAACAGUCCAAAUAUAAUGAGGAAUUGCUUAAGUGCACCUGUAAUGAGCUACAACAGCAAGUGAUUGCUCUCCAACCUGCGGCUCAGCGUUGUAAGUGCAUGCAAUUGGAGAUCGACGUGCUCCGCAAUGAACUCCGUAAACGAGAUCUUGCUUUGAAUUCUUACGAUUGCCAGUACCAACAGUUAAUGAACGUCAUCUGUGAGUUAAACCAAAAGUAUGGAAAUCAGCGAGGCGAUUGUCCAACAUUUGAAGUAGCUGAGUGUCCUAAUGUGGGUGAUGAUCUAGCUUUCUAUACAGGCGCCACGUUGGAGCACAUUCGGAAUGAAUUGGAUAAACAGGUCGACUGCUUUAAGCAAAUGAAUCAGAAUAAAUAUUCGGGUGGCCAAGAUAUCAACAAUUUACAAGACUGCAUGGACGAAUUAGAACGCCUUAGGAAGUUAUUGGGAGAAAAGGAUGGCCAGUUGGGUGUAUUAAUUGAGGACAACGAGUGCAUGUGCGAGGCUGCACUCGAGAGUAAUAAGCGUCUGAACCAAUUGGAUCAAAAGGUUCGUGAUUUGGAUAGGGACACACGGUAUAUGGAAGAUGGGAUGCGCGAGAGCAUAGGUCUAAUACAGGAAAUUGGAGAUGUUGCUAGAGAGAAUGAAAGGCUUAAGGAUAGAGUUAACAAUAUGAAAACUUCAGAGCUUCAAGAUUUAACUGACGAUCUAAAGAGGCAAUUGGAAGACUGCAUGAAGAACAAGCAGAUUUGUGAAGAAAUUAACAAGAAUUUUAAGGACGCAUUAAGGGAACUCGGUGCUGAUCCCGAUAAUAUUGAAAAAGAAGCUAAAGAAAAAAUAGAGCAGCAAUGGAAGGCCGAAGAAGAUGCAAAGCGAGCUGCUGAAGCUCAAGCUAAGGCAGAUGAAGAGGCCAAGGCUGAAAGAAUGCGCGAACAAGCAAGAGAGCUAGCUGAACAAAAAGCAGCUGAAGAUACAGGUAAACCAGGGGAAGAACCAAGUGAAGAACGUCAAGCAGAAGGUCGAGAUGCAUUAACGGAGACACCCGGUGCUAAGCCGACUGGGCCAGAAGUUGAAAAGAUUACAAAAGCUGAACCCGAACAAGCAGAAGCUGUGCUAAGAGAAGUACCUAAGGCUACAGAUCGUGCACCAAGUCAACCAGGAAUCAAAUCAGCUGAAGCUGAGAAAGCCGCAGCAAAGCCCAGCGAUAAACCCGUAGAAAAACCAGCUGAUGCGUCAGCUGACAAGGUAGCCGAUAAACUAGUUGACAAACCAGCUGAUAAGUCAGCUGAUAGGCCAGCUGAUAAACCAGCUGACAAGGCAGCUGAUAAACCAGCUGACAAGGCAGCUGAUAAACCAGCUGACAAGGCAGCUGAUAAGCCAGCUGACAAAUCAGCUGACAAACAAGCUGAGAAAGCAGCUGACAAAAAGGAUGUUGACAAACCAGCUGAGAAAGCAGCUGAUAAACCAAAGGAUGCAGGAAAACCUGAACCAACGUCAGCCGGAGCAGCAGCGGGACAAACACCUGCUGCUAAGGCUGCUGAAAAAGCACCUGCACAACCGAUAACUUCUGACCCAUCGGCUGCUAAAGCUGGUGGUGAGAAACCAACUGCCGAAGCUGUGGGAGCUAAAUCGGGAGCGUCUGCUGCGGAUAAGUCCGGAGCACCGGCAGCUGAUAAAGCAGGGGCAGCGACAGCGGGUCAACCUACUGAGAAAGCAGUCACACCUCCUGCUGCUGCAGCCGGAGCUGCGAAGAAGGAAACAACUGGUCAACCUACUAAGCCAGCAGAAAAAUCACCUGGACAGCCGGUUACAGCUGCUGGUGAGACCAAGCCGGGAGAAGCAGCAUCUGAUGCACCACCAGUAGCCGCGGCAAAAAAACCUGCAGCAGCUGAACAAGCUAAGGCAGUUGAAAAACCAGGUGUCCAGCCUACCGCGACAGCAGCCGUUGAAAAGCCCGCAGCAGCAGGUCAAGGUGCAAAGGCGGCUGAAAAAACUGGAGGACAGCCUGCCCAGGCAGCAGUCGCUGAGAAGGCUGCAGCUGCGGGACAACCUGCUGAGAAAGCAGCAACUCAACCUACUGGAGCAGCCGGUGGUGCUAAACAGGGACCAACUGGUGCGGCUGCUAAGCCAGCAGAAAAAACUCCUGGGCAACCAACUACAGCUACAGGAGGACCUAAACCGGGUGCAACAACAGGCGAUAAAACUUCAGCACCAGGAGAAAAGGCCAGAGCGUCCGGACAGCCGGGCGCCAAGCCAGCUGGAGCAGCAGCUGGUGCUGCAGGGGAAAGAAAAGGCUUGGCGGCAAAGCCAGGCUUACAAGGCCCUGGAAAGGAGAGACAUGGGGAUGAGGGAAUUAGCGGAGCUGCUGGAGGCAAAGCUGCGAAAGCUCCCAAAGGUAAAGGUGAUGAUUACGGGCGUCGCGGAAAGAAGGGUUCCAAGCAUAUGGACGACACCACCGAGGAGCAGUUCGAUGAGUUUGUAAGAAAUACCGUGAAAACUCUAUCGGCUGGCGAAAUCGAUGGUGUUGGCUUGGAAAGAGAAUUGCGAAAAAUACUGGACAUGUUUAUCGACGAGUGUGGUUUCUGCUUUUGCAAAUGUAACAUUCCCAAAAGCCGAUUCUAUGCCAUUUGUCAUCGACUAUAUCACCAUGGUCUACACACUUUGGACUUUAAGGAUCUGGCCUACAUGCAUAAGCGAAUAUUUGCCGCAGCAGAGAACAUACUUCCUGGCGCUCUCUUUAAUAUCAUAAUGAAAGACAUUAUCGCCGGCAAUUCACAGAGCCUGGCUCCACUGUGCGCUCCUAAAGAAACUCCUGUAGCGGAACAACAAUGCUGCUCAUGCAAAAGUUCUCUUUGUUGCGAUGAUACUGAAGAAAAACUCAUGAUUAAAGUAAUGCGACUUGAGAAUGAUAUUGAGAAUGCCAAAAUGUGCUUAAAGAAUUUAAAAAGCAUACCAUCGAAUAUUUCCAUUGAAGCAUUUCGUAUGGAAGGUGGCGAUAGUCCAGUAAAGUAA